AUGGACGUCAAGGAAAUCGAGGUGAAAUCCAAGGCGCUGACCAAGGCUGUGACCUCCAAUGAUACUCCUGCCACCAUCGUGGGCAUCCUUAAAGAAUUACAAAAGGGAGUGCACCCUACGGAAGACUUGCUUCGCACGACCCGGAUCGGUAUCAUCGUGAAUAAGCUAAAACAGCACAAGUCCCCGGACGUGGCGCGUUUGGCCGGAGAGAUCGUCUCCAAGUGGCGGAGCGAGGUCAACAAGCAGAAAGCCAGCGGUGCCGCUGCCGCCGCUCGCAAAUCACCCAACGGCGCGGCCUCUCCUGCGGCGGCGACGACCCCCAGCGACAAGACGGACAAGCCGUCGGUCCCGCCCGACAAGCGGACGUGGAAGGCGGAUGGCGUCGACAUCAACGUUACCGGGAACAAGGUUCGCGACAGCUGUGUCGGCCUGAUGUAUGACGGGCUGUGCUUCACCACCACCGAGCCCCCGAAGGCUGUGCUCGCCAAGGCGACCGCCGUCGAGGCUGCCGCGUACAACGUGUACGGACCGGAGACGAAGGAGCAGUACCGCACGAAGAUCCGGAGUCUGUUCCAGAACUUGAAAAACAAGUCGAACCCGCAGCUGCGGAUGCGCGUGCUGACCAACGAGGUCAGCCCGGAGCAGUUUGUCAAGAUGUCGCACGAGGAGCUCAAGUCGGCGGAGCGGCGCGAGGAGGAUGCGCGGAUCCAGAAGGAGAACAUGGACAAGGCGAUGGUUGCGCAGGCGGAGCGGAGCAUCAGCACGAGUCUGCAGUGCGGCAAGUGUGGCCAGCGCAAGGUGACCUACACGGAGGCCCAGACGCGCAGUGCAGACGAACCGAUGACGCUGUUCUGCACGUGUAUGAACUGCGGGAAAUCGUGGAAGCAGUGA